AUGUUGUGUGAAAACAUAAAUCUGUGUAAUACUCCAAAAGAGAAAUGGAGGUACUUUAAGAGUUUAACAUCCUAUCAAGUAGAAGAUGUAGAUACUAUACUCCCCCUUGUUAACAGUAAUGGUGAUGUGAUUUUUGAUAGAAAAGAAAAGGCAAAACUGCUAGAAGAGACCUUUUUCAGUGAUAAACAUCUACAAAAUGUCACCUUUGAUGAAGAUUUCAAGAAACAUAUUGAAGAAGAAUUGUUUAACAUCAAACAAAGUAAACAUCAUGUUACAGAAGAAGAUGAAAGCCAAAGUUUCCUUAAUAGAUCUAUUACAAUUCAAGAGGUAGAAGCAGCUAUCCAGCAUUUAAAGAAAAAUAAAGCACCUGGGCCAGAUAAAAUAUACACAGAUUUACUUUUAUACUCAAAUAACCACCUUCUUGAAGCCAUCACAUAUAUUUUUCAACUCUCCUGGGAUACCAGUAUUCUUCCCCAGGCCUGGAAAACAGCAACAGUCAAAUUCUUAAAGAAACAUGGAAAAGAGUCCUAUUAUAAGUCAGGUUCCUACAGGCCUAUAAGCUUGACAAGUGUCCUUGGUAAAUGUAUGGAGAAAAUAGUAUAUGCCAGAUUAUAUGCAUACUCAGAACACAAGAACAUCAUAGAUGAAGAACAAGAAGGUUUUAGAAAAUAUCACAGCACUACACAAGCUCUGUUAAGGCUUGUGCAGAAUAUCUUUGAUGGUUUUAAUGAAAAACAGCACACACUAGCAGUAUUUCUAGAUUUGGAGAAGGCCUUUGACAGUGUAUGGAGGGAUGGUAUGCUUGUUAAGCUACAAAGACUGGGAAUAAGAGGGAAAAUGUGGCAAUGGUUGUCAAACUUCUUAACUGGAAGAUCAGCAAGAUGUGUAGUAGCAUGUGAAAUAGGAGAUACCUUCCAAACUUCAGUUGGAUUACCACAAUGUUCAGUGCUCUUCCCCCUUUUGUUCAACCUCUACCUAACUGAUAUAUUCCAAAACAUAAAAAGCAAUAGUAUCAAAUUUGCAGAUGAUGGGACUAUUUGGAUGUCUGGAAAUGACAAACAUGAUUUAGAAAAAAUAAUCAAUACAGACCUAGCAACAAUUAACACAUGGACAGAGAAAUGGAGAAUGAAAUUAAAUUUAGAUAAAACUGAAUACACCAUCUUUAAUAGGAAAAAAGAAAACUUAGAUCAAAUAGAGAUCUGCUUAAACAAGAAAGUAUUGCAACAGAAAGAUAAAGUAAAAAUCUUAGGUGUUAUUUUAGAUUCUGAAUUGUCAUUCAAAGAACAUAUAGAAUACACUGAAAGAAAAGGCACUAAAGCAUUAGCUUCCUUGAUGUCAGUAGCCAAAACAGAGAAGAUCAGUGUCAAAAAUAUGAUAAAUCUAUAUACAAGCUUGGUUCUACCUCAAUUGGAGUAUGCAGUCCCUAUUUGGCAGAUUGCCAACUGUCAGCCCCUGGACAAGAUACAAAGGAAAGGUUUAGCUUACUGCCUUGGAUUACACAACACAGCCAGUAAAGAUGCAGUUGAAGUAUUGGCUGGAGUUCUUCCACUUGAUUUGAGGCGAGAAGAACUGAGUAUUCGAGAAUGUGGGAAAAUAAUGGCAAAAGAUAUUAGGCAAAACAUUGCAAAAAGUUUAAAAAGCUGUCAAGAUAGAUAUGGAAAAGUCAGAGAAAAAUUCCAAUCUCCAUUCUUUUGCAUGCUCACACAGGUAGAGGACAUGAAAUCAUUAACCACCAUCACACUGAACAGUAUUGAACCAGAGUUUUCAUACCUUGAAUACCUGCAACCAUCUAGAACCAGACCAGAUUAUUGGAACAAUCUAGGAUCCUCCAAAUCAAGAACUGUUAAACAAGAAGAAGAUGCAAGACAACACAUCUCAUCACUUCUAUCUGAUGUAGAUACCAAAACAGCUGUAGCAUUUACUGAUGGUUCCUGUAGAGGAAAUCCAGGUCCAUGUGGUGCUGGAGCCUGCAUUCUUCUUCCAAACACAGAAGUUAUAGAACUGAAACAACCAGUAUCAAAAUUAUCAUCAAUUUUAGUAGGAGAACUGGUUGCCAUUAAAAUAACACUUCAAGCCCUACUUACUGAGAUUGGAAGAUUUGAAAUAAAUAAGAUAAAAAUACUUAGUGAUAGUCAGUCCGCUGUUGGAAUUAUUGAUCUUGGCUGGGAAAAUAAGACACACAAAUUCCUGUCAACAGAGAUACUCCAGUUGAGGAAAGAGCUUGAAUUAGCAGAUGUUACUGUUAAUUUUGAUUGGACUCCUGCUCAUGCUGGCAUAAAAGGGAAUGACAUUGCUGACAGACUUGCAAAAGAAGCAGCAAAAGAAGCUGAGGAAAUGGAAACAGAAGAUUCAUUCCUUGUAACAAGUCAAAGUGACAUUCGCCACUCAGCUAGAGAAUCAGUCCGCAUUAAAUGGCAGAAAAGAUGGGAAAUUGUUGAAACUGGCAGGCAUCUCUAUGGACUCAAGCCUCAAGUCCAACCCCCAAAAAAUUAA